AUGCAGGGUGUCAGUGCUCCCAGCGAUUUUAUCGAUCGACUCGACUUGUUGGUCGCGCAGGGUCGCCACGUCGAUGCGUUCAUCGAAGCGGCGCAGAAAGGCAUGGCGUCUCACGUGAAAGCUAGCUUUAAGAGCGGCACCAUCCCUAUCAAUGGGACCCACUCGGAGUUGGAAUGGACAGCUUUGCAUGCAGCGGCUGCGAACUGCCACGUCGAGAUUGUUGAGUGGCUUUUGGCGAAUGGUGCGGACGCGUGUUCGGUGACGACCAAAAACAAAACCCCCCUCGCUCUGGCAGUGCAGCGCGGCCACUCAUCCGUGGUGAAGUUGCUACGAGGAAGUCGAAACUUCACCGCGGACGAAUUCGUGGAGGCUGCGCGCCGCGGCAACCUUGGCGACGUCAAUGCAAUUGUCGAGUGGGGCAUCGACGUGGACGCCACGAAUAAGUACGGCGUGUCGGCGCUCAUGUUUGCAGUGGAAGAAGGCCAUGUCGAUGUUGUGGCGUACUUGUUGCGUAAAGGCGCGAAUGCAGUGUCGGCCACGACGAGGUUUGGGACGUCCCUGUGGCUUGUCGCAGUGGACAAAGGCCAUCCUGACAUCGUUCGCAAGUUUCUGCGAGCGGGGGUGUCGGUUUUGUAUAAAGACCCCGAAGACGACUCGACGGCGCUCCAUAUAGCUGCGGGACGAGGGCACGCGUCCGUGGCCGCCAUUCUUGUGGAAGAAGGGGCAGACAAAGCUGCUUGCACAACCGAUGGCGACACACCGUACCGAAUUGCAUGGCGGAAUCGGCACCUCGAUGUGGUGGACCCAUUGUCCGGGUUGUCGCUAGAAGCGAUUCUAAGUUAGUUUUGCGAUAGAGUUUGUCCAAUAAACGAAAGCGUUGACAUCGCCA